AUGGCUACAGCACUGCGAAGCCCGGUGGCCAGGGGCCAUUGCCGCUCUCUGGUUCCCUCUUUUGGCGACAGAUCGGGGAGCUCAAUCUCCUCCCUGGUUUGCUCUUCUUGUGUGCUCAAGAGGAGUUUUUCGCUGCGGAUUCGCGCGCCAGCACCGUCCCGCUGGCGUUCCAUGAACACUCCCGUUGCAGGGCUGUUCGAGCUGCCCGGAGGAAAAAGGUAAUCGCCGGACUAUCUCUUGAUUCUUGCUCUGCCGGAAAAAGAAACCUCUCGCCAGUGAGUGAAUAGCUACUUCUUCCAUCAGAUUUAAAAAACCAAUUUCCAAUUUUUCCACUACAAGUUUGACAUCGCGCGAUCUGAAUCUAGUUCCGGGGAAUCACCAUGCCUAUUGAUCAGGGCUAGAUCCACGUUCGGUUCUUCGUUUGGAUAAUUCGCGCUGUUUUCUUGGGUCUGGAUUCAUUACAUUAUGGUUUGAAAUCCCUCGCUUGUUCCGAUGAUGCAAGGAUGAGCGAAGUCUUUGAGGUUGAGCUCAAGGUCCGGGAUUACGAGCUCGAUCGACAUGGGGUGGUCAACGAUGCCGUGUACGCGAGCUACUGCCAGCACGGUAGGCGCUUCCGAAGUCAACGCCUUAAUUUUUUUUAUUAUCAUCAAAUGAUUUUCUCAUGGAAAAAUAUGCGCCACUGUCGGGUGAUCUUGAUCUCCAGUGACGAAAUUUUAGAGGAAACACAAUUUCUUCUCUGUAAUUUUCACCCGCAGUCGCUUGAAUGCCCGAAAUAGAAUUCUGCAAUGAUUUCCUCGGAGUGAUUUUGUGGUAUUCCUAUUUUGUCCUAAAUUGCUUGUCCCCCUUACUAUAUUAUCUGCAUGUGAGUCAACUUCGAGUAGACUCACUUCUUGCUAUGAAUAAUACAAGAGAAGAACCUGCAAGAAAAUCGGUCAAAUAUUGCUAUGUAUCAUAACCAAGGAUGAAGAUGAUAGUAAAAAAAAAUUAGUACUAUAAACGUAACGUUUUGCCCUUGUUUACACUUUUUAAAUUUGAGAUUUGUUCUAUCUAGAUGGGCAUUUCUCAUAUCAAGUGAGUUGCAUCACUUCCUCUAAAGAAGUGACUAGUGAAAACUGGCAAGAACAAGAAUGUAAGGGAUUUUUUCAUAUGUUUGGGACGUGAUCUUGUAAGCAUGAAAUUAUUAUUUCAUCUUACCGGCUGAGUUGACUCCCCUUCUUCAAAAAACAGAUGGCUACAUUAUGGGUCAACCCCGAUCGGUCCUGAGAUCACAUGAGACUUCUCUUCAAGAUAUAACAUUAUCAUGCUAAAUUUUUUUUUAUAAAAUCUAUAAAUAUGAUUACGGCGGUGUUAAUUUUCUGUUUUGCCUUUUAAUGUGUUUUAUCAAUAUCAGGACUCUAUAGAAGCUUCAAAAUUCAUCACAUUUUUGGUUGAUAGAUAACGCUGAGAGUAGUUACUCUUGGCUAUGGACUUUAUUAUGAGCUCUUCUUCUUCUUCUUCUUUUCCAUGUGGAUCUCACAUACUGUUUCUGCUCAUUUUCUUCCUUCAGGUCACCAUGAGCUUCUCGAAAACAUUGGCUUCAGUGCAGAUGGAGUUGCUCGUGGUGGGGAAUCUCUGGCCCUAUCAGAGUUGUCUCUCAAGUUCCUUUCACCAUUAAGGGUACGUCUGUAAUUCUUUCAUAAUGAGGCCCUUGAUGGUCACGCAUUAAAAACCCAUUAUUUUACAUUUUUGUUAGGAUUUCCAUUUACAUUGGCUUGAAAUUUUAUCAGGAUCUUACAACAAUAUGUUAAUUGAAAGCUAUUUAUGAACCUGAUAUUAUUAUGCUUUAAUAUUCUCUUUGGUUUCAUAGAAUUUCAUGGGCAGCUGGUAAUGAUUAUUUUAAAAAAAAUCAGUAAAUAAGGAAACAAUCUUUGGGUAAUUCCUUUCAUGAUCAAGCCUUUCAGGUCCUUUUUUGUAUAUUCAUUUCAUGAUUAAUUAUUCAUAUUGAUGAGUCCAGUUGUUGUGACAUAGCUCUAACGCUUGUCAUUGUAAUACACCGCUAAUUGUGUUCCUUUCCAAGCAUAUUCAACCAAUCCAGCAUCAGUCGGAAACCUUCUUUUUCUUUCUAUUCUAUUAAAAUUUCUAUUUAAAUUGUUACGAUAUAUAUCCGCCUUUAUAGAUAUAUAUAUAGAACCUCCCUGUAUCGAUAAAUUAUUUUACUGCAAUCCAGGAGUCAGAUUUUUUUAAUUCAGUAUGCAUUUAUUCUUGGGUUCUUCAUCAAUUCCCAGGCCUCCAUUCGGCUAUACAUUUUUCUCAAUUUUGUAAUGUUCUUCACGUUGGUGUUUUUGCGCAGACAAAGUGGGGAUCGGUUCGUUUUGAGAGUGAGGGUCUCAGGGUCCUCAGCGGCGAUGGUUUUCUUUGACCACCUGAUCAUCAAGCUCCCAAAUCAAGAGGUAACGAACACCUGAUCACAGCUGUUGACCUGAUUUCCUUUCUCUUAAAAAGCUUCUAGUGUUCUCACAUGGGUUUUUCUCUCUCUAACCCCUCCCCCCCCCCCCCCCCAAAAAAAAAAGCCAAUCUUGGAGGCGAAGGCUACCGCACUUGACAAAAAUGGCCGUCCAGUUCGGAUUCCUUCUGGGCUCAGAUCGAAAUUGGUGGGGGUCACAAGGGCUGAUGAAAACAACUGA